AACGUCUCUCUGUCUCUCUCUCUCAUAGUUAAUUAGUAGCAGCUCCCUCAGGUUCAGCACAAGUACUGUUCAUCGUUGGAAAUCUCUCCUCCGAAAAUCUUUUUUCCUAAUUUUCUUUUCCUUUUUUUUAUUUUUCUGCUUUUUCUGAGUCAAUGCGAUCGAGGGAUGGGGAAGAAUGGAGGUAGCUCAAGCUCAAGUUCAUGGUUGAGUGCUGUCAAAAGGGCUUUCAGAUCUCCCACUAAGGAUAACGAGAAUGACCACCAAAAGGGUAGAGAGAAACGCCGCUGGAUUUUCAGAAAACCCACAAAUAAUCACUGCCCGGAACCGGUCGCCGGCCUGCAACCCCCGCCGCCGCAGCCGCCUCCGCCAGCCUUUCUAGAACCCGUCCAGCCCACCAGGCUCGCCCGCUCCGGUUUGGAUCGCUACCGCCAUGCCGCCGUUGUGAUCCAAACCGCCUUUAGAGGGUAUCUGGCGAGGAGGGCUUUGCGGGCGCUGAAGGGAGUGGUGAAGUUACAGGCAGUGGUGAGAGGCCACAACGUGAGAAAACAGGCAAACACGACGCUUCAGUGCAUGCAGGCGCUGCUGAGACUGCAGGCCCACGCCCUGGAUCACCGGAGUAGGCUCUCCCAAAGGAAAUCUGUUUGUUCGUCGAGAGAAGGAAGUAGUGUAGCGGACGAUUGGGAUGAACGUCCCCACACGGUUGAAGAAGUUAAGGCGAUGUUGCAACAUAGGAGAGAUGCUGCUUUGAGUCGCGAUAACGUUUUGUCUCACUCAUUUUCUCAACAGAUGAUAUGGAGGAGUGGAAAGAGCCCGUCAAUAGGAAACCAAAUGGAGCUUGAUGAAGGACCGAAGUGGCUUGAUCAGUGGAUGGCGAACAAGCCAUGGGAGACCAGGGCAAGAGCUUCAAUAGAUCACAGACCACAGCCCCUUAAAACCCUUGAAAUCGACACUUCUCGACCGUACUCUUACUUAGCACCCGAAAAUCUAUACAGAAUGAACUACCAAACUGGCCAACAGCAUCACCCAUCACAAAGAUCCAACUCUCUUUCUUCUUCCUCCCCGCUCCACCGAGCCCCCCACCACCACCACCAAUACCCCAUCACCCCGUCCCCGUCGAAAACCCGCCCGAUCCAACAAGUCCGGUCCGCGAGCCCCCGCUGCAGCAGAGAAGACAGAAACAGCCAUCACAUUACAUCUCAAACGCCAAGCUUGAGGUCCAAACAUCACAGCACCAGCAACAAUGUGGGCAGUGGUGGGACUUCACUGCCUAACUACAUGGCAGCGACGGAGUCGACCAAGGCCCGAGUCCGAUCUCAGAGCGCACCGAGGCAAAGGCCAGGGACGCCAGAGAGGGAGCGAGCUGGGACAGCGAGGAAGCGACUCUCUUAUCCGGUACCGCCGGAUCCUUACAGUAGAAUGGUGGGGUGUGGAGUGUAUGGGAAUAACAUGAGGAGUCCAAGCUUCAAGAGUGCUUGUGGAAGGUACGGUGGGUUGGAGGAACGGUCUAACUAUUCUUCUUGCUAUACAGAGAGCCAUGGAGGAGAGGUUUCUCCUUCUUCAACCGCUGAUCUCAGGAGGUGGUUGAGAUGAUGAAAUCCACAGUUUGGGAAUGUAAUUUCUCGGGCUUGUAAUUUGACUUGAAAACAAGAGAAAAAAGAUGAGGUAAUUAAAGAGAAUAGUUAAUAUGAUUGACUUGUAUUUUUGGAAUAUGAAGUCGGGACUUGUAUUUUUUUUUAAUAACGGUGAGUCGGAGAUUUGCUUUUCUA